UGUUUCUGACGGCAGGUGGUCACCGUGCGUCCAGCUCUUCAACCCAGCUUGUGAAUGGGACUAUGACAUGUUUUAACCUCAGAGCCUUCAGAGUCCGGGUUUGAAAUGGACGGAGUAGAAUAAGUUCUUUGAAGCUUCGAAGAAGUGUGGCUUUUUUCUUUUCCAAAAGACGCGGAAAGUGAAGCUUGUGAAUAAGUUUGACGGGCUGCGCCACACUGCGUGCGUAAUGCUUUGCGAGUAGAGAUCCGAAUAUUUUGAUAGUUAUUUGAAGUUGAAUGUUGUAGCAUUGUAAAUAAUGGCGCUCGCAAGGUUUAGCAAAAUACUUCGUCUGCCCACUAUUGAAAUAAAGAAGAAAGCCAAGCAGUACGAGCACGUCCACCGGGACGUGAAUCCUAACGACAUAUGGGCAAUUAUUGGCGAGCUGGGGGAUGGCGCGUUUGGAAAGGUCUACAAGGCCCAGAACAAGGAGACAGGAGCUCUGGCUGCAGCCAAAGUGAUUGAGACAAAAAGUGAGGAGGAGCUGGAGGACUACAUCGUUGAGAUUGAUAUCCUGGCUAAAUGUGACCACCACUAUAUCGUCAAGCUGCUCGAUGCAUUUUAUCAUGACAACAAGCUAUGGAUCAUGAUCGAGUUCUGCCCUGGAGGUGCUGUGGAUGCCACAAUGCUAGAGUUGGAUCGUGGACUGACAGAGCCGCAGAUUAAGGUGGUUUGUCGGCAGAUGCUUGAGGCUCUGGUCUACCUCCACAGCAUGAAGAUCAUUCACAGAGACCUGAAGGCUGGUAACAUCCUCCUCAUGCUGGAAGGGGACAUCAAACUAGCUGAUUUUGGCGUUUCGGCAAAAAACACCAAGACCCUACAAAGAAGAGAUUCUUUCAUCGGGACGCCAUACUGGAUGGCUCCAGAGGUGGUCAUGUGUGAAACGAUGAAGGAUGCUCCGUAUGACUACAAGGCUGACAUCUGGUCUCUAGGAAUCACUCUGAUUGAGCUCGCCCAGAUUGAACCUCCUCACCAUGAGCUCAACCCCAUGAGGGUGCUGCUGAAGAUCGCCAAGUCAGACCCCCCCCACCUGGAGCAGCCACACAAAUGGUCACAAGAAUUUAAAGAUUUCCUGAGGAAAGCUUUGGAUAAAAACCCAGAAGCCCGUCCGACUGCAGCACAGCUCAUGGAGCACCCUUUUGUGAAAUCACAGACGUCUAACCGUCCGCUGCGGGAGCUGGUGGCCGAGGCCAAAGCUGAGGUCAUGGAGGAAAUAGAGGACAAUAGAGAGGAAGGAGAGGAAGACGACGCCAUCGAGCUCACUGCGUCUCCCAGUAAGGAACCAUGCCAGACCAGUCAGACCAGUUUGGAAGGAGACCAAUCUCUGGGCACACCAAGCCCCACAACACCCUCCCCAACCACACCAAUGCCUUUACCCAGGAAGGGAGCCGAGUCAGAGGGGCAGCCAGAACCCGACAUGGUGGUCCCUAUUCCCCUACCACGGCAGAAUCUCCCUCCAAAAGACCAGGUGGACCUGGGAGACAAGCUGCCCAAUGAAGACAUUCUUGAGUCAGAGAAAUCUGAGAGUGACGCCUUAACCAAGACUUCCAGCUCAGACUCGGGCAUUGAGGAUGGGAAGAGUACCCCCACAUCUGAGGAGGAAAAGGUUUCUGUGGAGACCCCGGAGACAGAACAGCCACCAUCUCUCCCCAAACCUGAGACAUCUGAGGAAAAUAUUGACAUCAUCAUCAUGCCCAAGAUCCAGAUAACCGAGGAAAAGAGCAACGUUAUGACUAACGGAGACGUACCAACUCCAGUCCCUUCGACACCCACCCCUGAGCCAUCUUCUGCUCCAACCCCAGUACCGACACCACGUUCUGGGCUGAAUGAUAGUGUAACCACGGGCACCCCAAAGCGGGCAUCGACAGGAGGAAAUGCUGAGACUGUCUCACCUUAUAUCAACGGAGGGAUAAUCAACAAACGGUACUCUUAUUCAGGGAGCAUGGCGUCAGAGAGCAUGGACAUGUCAAUCAACAGGGAAAACAUCUCCAUGUCUGCAAGGGACUUUUCAAGUAAGACUCUGAAGCGGACUAGGAAGUUUGUUGUUGAUGGUGUGCAGGUGAGCGUGACUACCUCCAAGAUCAUCAGGGAUGAUGAGAAGAAGGAUGAGGAAAUGAGAUUCUUGAGACGUCAGGAGCUGCGUGAGCUCCGUUUGAUGCAGAAAGAAGAGCACCGUGCUCAGGCUGUUCUAAACACCAAACUCGAGUCCCAGAGAGAACAAAUGCAGAGGCGUUUUGACCAGGAGAUGCAUGCCAAGAAGAAGCACUACGACAUAGAGCUAGAGAACCUUGAGAAGCACCAGAAGCAGACUAUUGAGAAGAUGGAGGCAGACCACAAUGUUAAACUCAGAGAUGAGACUAAACGCAUCAAAGUACAGCAGGAACGCGACCACCACAAGUUCCAGGAUCAGUUAAAACACAAGAAAAAAGAGGUGAAACAAUCUGUUGAUAAGCUGCCCAGAAGUCAGCGGAAAGAAUCUUUGAAGCAGGGGAUGCAUAAUUUCCAAGACAUGAAGAUUAGAGAGGAAGAUAAAUUCUUGGCAGGUCAGAAGAACCACCUUGACACCACACUGAAGAGAAUCACCUCCAACAACAAGAGAGAGAUUGCAGAGACAGAGAGGAUAUGUCUUGACAAGAAGCACCACCUUAUACGAGAGCGUGAAGCUACAGUUUGGGACAUGGAGGAGAAGAACCUUUAUGAGAGACACCAGUUAUUGAAGCAGCAGCUGAAAGACCAGUACUUUCUCCAGAGGCAUCAGCUUCUCAAGAAACAUGAGAAGGAGCAAGAACAGAUGCAGUGUUACAACCAGCGGAUGAUUGAGAUUCUGAAAGCCCGGCAGCAGCAGGAGAAGAACCGGCUACCCAAGAUUCAGCGUGGUGAGGCCAAAACCCGCAUGGCCAUGUUUAAGAAAAGCCUUCGCAUCAACUCGACAGGAAGCGCUUCAGAGGACAGAGAGAAGAUAAAACAGUUUUCACAGCAGGAGGAUAAGAGGCAGAAGGCAGAGAGGCUGCAUCAGCAGCAGAAACACGAGAACCAGAUGAGGGAGAUGAUUGGUCAGUGUGAAAGCAAUAUCAGAGAUCUGCAGCAGCUACAGAAUGAAAAAUGCCACCUGUUGGUUGAGAAUGAGACCCAGAGGCUCAAGCAGUUGGAUGAACAACACAACCAGCUGAUGAAGGACUGGAGGGAUCAGCUGAAACCCAGAAAGAAGGCCCUUGAAGAGGAGCUAAACAUGAAGAAAAAGGAGCAGGAGGCUUUCUUCAGGAUGAGUGAGAUUUCUGAUUGCCCUAACCCCAGUUCUCCCACCAAACUCUCCAAGUUCGUGCCUUACCCAGAGUCUUCCACCACAUAAUAAAACUGAUGCUGUACAAUUUCUCCAGGCUACUGUUAGCACCCAACACAUAACCAUACACACACUCACACACCCAUAGGCAUUACAAUUGCCUGCUGCCUCUGUUUUUAGUUGCUUAAUGGCAGCAUGAUUUCCCUCCAUUAGAUUCAUUUAAUGUUUUAGUGAAUAUUUAUGUUUUAACUUCUAAGCAUUUUUCUU